AUUCUGCGUGAAAAUAGUCCAGAGCUUGUUGGAGUUUGGCUUCUUACAGUUAUAAGGCCACCACAAAUUAUUCUUGAAGGGAAAGACAAAACAGUCUUUGUCAACUUUAUGGACUAUUGCAAGACGAUGCAUCGACAACCAAAUCAUGUUAGCGCUUUCUUGUGUGCUGGCAAGUAUGCAAGGGGUACAAUAGAUGGGCAGCAAAGGUUGGUUAUCGAUAGGGGAUUUAGAUCCGGCCGAUUUAAAGAGGAUUUACGACGAUAUAUCCUUGAGUACGUCAUGUGUUGUGGUUGCAAGAGCACAGACACAAUUCUUUCAAAGGAGAAUCGUCUCUUCUUUUUGAUAUGUGAAAAGGAUUUUGCCUACAUAGUCUAA